UCUGGCACUUCGUUCCUCCUACAACGCACUCGCACGCGCCUGUAACGAACUUCAGUGGCCCACGGAAACCAACUGUUGAGAGGCUGCAGAACUGAUAUGCGUGCAGAACUGCGAAAUGACGCUGGAGAUGAAGCACUGCCAGUGCGUUCGCACGCACCACGAGUUCGCGGCCACUUUCGGAGGCCAAGUCUGCGAUAUCAUCAGAGACGACAUAUGCACGAGAAAAGUUGAGAACCUGGGUGCCUACCAGCUGUGCCUGAGCCGCUGCCGCGUAGCCUGCCAGGAGACAAAGUACGACGUCAGACUCAGCAGCCUCGCCGUAGACAAGGGACAAGUUCUCCUUCAUAAUAAAAUUUUCGUCCGAUACGCAACGAGUGCUGCAGUAUCAGCCCAAUCUUUCGAUAGUAGAGGCGUUCGGCUAUUUCGGAGGAUACAUCGGAAUAUGGCUGGGAUUUUCGUUGCUAUCAGUGCUGCUUAAUCUUGAAGAGCACAUGGCCAAAAUGUUUGCCAAGCGGAUGCAGAGAGUCAAGGCAGCUGACGACACCGUGAUGGUCUUGCGGCUGAAGCAGCGCUUCUGAGGCCUUCGCCUGCAGCUGACGUCGGCUCGAAGACGGCGAAACGCUACAUACGCGAUCCAGCGGCGCGCACGCUCUGGCUUAUACACCUCAAACGCUCGGCAGUGUGACUAGGAAAAAUGCGUUUCGUGCUGCAGCUGCCAUGUUUUUGCCGCGAAACUGAACGAACUUCUCUGAGCAAGCAAGCAGCUAUAGCGCUGCCUCUCUCCUCUGCUGAUGCCAGUUAAUAAACUGAUGGAUAU